AUGGCCAUGGCCAAGGCUAAGCUUGUCUCUGUUCUGCUUCUGGCACUACUCAUUGCCAUUUCCGCGAUCUCAGCUAAGCAGGUUAUGGCAAAAGAGGCUGCUCAGUAUCACUUGAACAGUGGUAGUUAUGGUCCCGGAAGUCUGAAGAGCUACCAGUGCCCAUCUCAAUGUGCUAGAAGAUGUGGGCAGACACAGUACCACAAGCCAUGCAUGUUCUUCUGCCAAAAAUGUUGUGCUAAGUGCCUUUGUGUUCCUCCUGGCUACUAUGGCAACAAGGCUGUCUGCCCCUGCUACAACAACUGGAAGACCAAGCGUGGAGGACCCAAGUGCCCUUGAAAGUUGAAACUAUGUCACCUGCACCUGCAGCUAUAUAAUUUUACUUUAUACUUAUUGCUUGGCUUGCAUUAAACUGUACCAAGAAAGAAGUGGAAUUAUUAGGACUAUAUGCUCAUUUGCUGUGAUGUGAUUCAUUUCAUGCUUCAUUGCUGAGGCCUUUUUAAUUUGUGGGAUUGGGAUCCCGCUCCUAAUCACGAUAUGAGAAGCCCAUU